CCAAUGAGAGGCGAGUAUUUCCCCCACGCGGGAGACACACAUCACCUUUGUUUGGGCAGGUCCAGGCGAGAUCUCCACUGUUUUUUUGUCCCAAAUUUUGCCGGUUUUUUCUCAAAAGUCGUCACGACGAUCGCCUUAACCGUUCGCACUGCCGUGUCCAGGUGCAGAGGAGCGCUCUAUCUUCCAGUCAUGCCGAAAAGAAAGGCUGCCGGGGAUGCAAAGGAAUCACCCAAGAAGACCAAAGCAGAGGUCGGAGCGACGUCUUCGAAAUCCGACUUCUCCUCAAAUGCUAAGACUAAGUCUGGGAAACACUGGAACCUCAAAAUCGCCUCGUGGAAUGUGGAUGGGCUGAGAGGAACUGUUAAGAAAAACGGGCACGCCUACAUUCCGCAGGAGGACCCAGACAUCAUCUGUCUCCAGGAGACCAAGUGUACCGAGAAGGACGUGCCCAAGGAGUUCACGGGCGCGGUCGAGGGUUACCACGGUUACUGGUACUCCCCCACGGAGAAGAAAGGCUACGCGGGGACCGCCCUGCUGUCGAAAACCAAGCCAAUCAAGGUCACCUACGGGAUUGGUGUAGAUGAGCAUGAUGAUGAGGGUCGGGUCAUCACGGCAGAGUUCGAUGACUUCUACAUGGUCACAGCUUAUGUUCCCAAUGCUGGAAGAGGACUUGUCAGGCUAGACUACCGUGGGACGUGGGACGAGGCUUUUACAGCUUACCUGAAGAAGCUUGACAAGAAGAAGCCGGUGGUUCUGUGUGGGGACCUCAACGUGGCGCACAACGAAAUCGACUUGAAGAACCCCAAGAGCAACAAGAACAAGACGCCAGGUUUCACGGACAAGGAGCGGGAGGGGUUCACCACGCUGCUGGAUGAGGGGUUCAAGGACAGCUACAGGGAACUGUACCCUGAGGAGACGGACUGUUACACUUUCUGGUCCUACAUGGGGGGAGCCAGGGCUAAGAAUGUUGGCUGGCGACUGGACUACUUUGUCCUCUCGGACCGGCUGAUGCCGCAUCUGUGCGACAACGUCAUCAGGUCAGAGGUCAUGGGCAGCGACCACUGCCCCAUCGUGCUGCUGCUGGCCAUGGGGAAAUAACGACCUUGGGGUCGAACACACGACCUUGAGAAUAUCCCAAGGAUGUAUGAUUGUACACAUCUUAUGGUGAAGGUUACAGAAAGGUCAUAGUUUCCAUCUGACAAAUAGUCAAGUGUGUAGGACUGUUUGAAGGGUAACAUCUGAAGGUCAAGCUUGUAAAGAUGUCAGAAAGAAAGAAUAUAUCUGAGUCGAGAAGGUGGAAAGGUAGAAAAAA